AUGGCUCCAGGUAGAGAACGCUACCUGAAAGAUAUUAUCCAAAAUCCAACCUCAUAUAAUUAUGCCAAACUACCAGACGAACUUCGGAAUGAUCGUGACUUUCUUCUCCAAGCCUUGGAAAAGAGUAAAUCAGCUCAAGUCUUGCAGAUAAGCUCUGAAAAAGCGCGGGAAGAAUUGGAUAGAAAUUUCAUACUACAAUACGCAGCUGUAAAAUUUGAUUUUUCAUUGAAAUUAAUUUCAGAAAAAUGGCGCCACGAUAAACAAGUAGUUUUGGCGGCUUUGACUAAAAAACGAAUUGAUGAGAAUUCUUCAUCGGCACCUGCUUUUAAAAAUCAUCAGCAUCAUCAUUCACAACAAAAUCAUGAAAAAGAGGAUAAUCAAAAUAAUGCAGCAGCUUCGGAGUUGUUUUUGGUCGGGGAUGAAUUGAAGAAGGACAGGGAAGUUGUCAUGGCAGCCAUUCAGAGUGCUCCUGGUGCUAUUCAGGACAUUUCAGAUGAAUUUCGAAAUGAUAGGGAAAUUGUCAUGUUAGCUUUGAAGAGUGAUAGAAUUGCUUUCAAAAGUGCCUCUGAAGAAUUGAGAAGGGAUAAGGAAGUUGUGUUUAUGGCCAUUCAACAUGAGCCUUUCUCAUUCAUGUUUGCUUCUGAGGAAUUAAAGACUGAUCGACAAGUUGUGUUGGAGGCUGUAGCUUUGAAUUAUAGAGUUUUCAAAUAUUUGCCAAAGGGAAAUCCUUGUAAGGCAGAUAAAUUGAUUAUAUUCCACGGAAAUUUAAAAACAGUAAUGAAUGCAUUUAAGGAGGAGACUUUGGAUGAGAGUGGAUUGAUUCCUUUUCUUUUUCAAGAUAAGAAACCUGAAAUUAUUUCAAAAGGAAUAUUUUCUUCAUUUACCUAUAGUGUGAAAUUUGUGCAAACAUUUGCCAUGCUGAUGAUUUUGAAGAAACUGAACGAAAGUAGUUUGAAAAUUGAAACUGAAACAAUUGCGGAUUUGGAUUACCACUUAUUUUGCAUAAAGUUGGAACAACAUAUAGAAUCCAAGUCACCUAAACAUCCUGUUGGUAAAAAACACUUUAAGGAAGCUCUAAAGACGAUAGUCGACGAUUUUCCCUAUCACCACUAUUCGAAAAAGGAACACCCUGGAAUUGUAUUUCUUAUUAAGCGAAUUUUGAAACAUGAAAAUCCAAACUGGGAUUGGAAAAUGCUGAUAAGCGAGUAUAUGAAAACAACAGGUGACAGUAAGAAGGUCAUUUCGUCGUUCCAAAUUUUUACUACGCAGAAGAAAGUUAAAAAUUACGAGUUGAUUUCUUCUUUAGGAUUUGGAGGUGAGGGUGUAGUAUUCAAAGCUUUUGAUAAACGUAGAGAAGUUUUUGUUGCUGUAAAGAUUAAAUUCCAACCAGAGUAUGACAUGAAAAAGAUGGAUGCUAAAAUUGAAUUCUUAAAGAGACAAAUUGAUGGAAAGAUUAAUUGUUUUGAAUGUGGUAUUCUGGAAUAUGGUCAAGAUAAGAUUAAGACGAAACAUUUAUUUUCCAUCAUGGAGUUGGGUGAAGAAACUUUAAGAAAUAUUAUAGAAAGAAACCAUAGCAGCGGAGUUGGAACAUCCUUGGAAAAGGAUAAAAUGAUUGAGGUACUGGAAAUGUUUGCAAAAAUCCUUCAGGCAGUCCAAUCAGUUCACAAUCAAAACAUUGCACAUAGAGAUUUGGAUCCUAAUAAUAUUUUAAAAAUUGGUGACAAGUUUAAGAUUAUUGAUUUUGAUCAAUCGAGAGUUAUUGAAGUAGGAAAAUCAAUUACAAUCAAUGUGGGAAAGUAUACUUAUAUGGCUCCAGAGGUUUCAGAUUCAACCUAUGAAAAAUCCAACGAACAACAUUUAGUUCAUGAAUAUCAGGAGAAAUUAAUUCAAAACAAGAGGGAGAUUUCAACAGCAUCAGAUAUCUUUUCAUUAGGAUGUAUAUUUUUGGAAUUAUUGACUGAUUGUUUGUUGAAAGUAAGCAAACAAUUUAUUGGAGGUACUGACAUUUCACAAUUUGAUUCGAAUUUCACAUAUUUUAGUUCAGAGGAGGGAUUAUAUUUUCACAGCGCUGUUGUAACAGCUGAGGGAGAAAUGAGAGUGCACCAUGCCAUAAGAAUGACCAUUGAUAAGCAGAUUAACAAAUCUUGGGGUGUGAAUGAAAUACUUACCAGAUGUCUCAUCACCAUGAUUCAAAGAGAUCCUCGUAAAAGAUUGGACUGCUUUACUUACAAGAUUAUUAUCGACAAUUUAACAAAAUAUCUCCGUGGUGAAAUUAAUGAUUAUUCUGAAAAUAUUCACAAGGAACUGGAUGAUCUUCUCAAUAUUCAACAAUUAAUCAACUAUUAUGAUAUUAUUCAACAAAACACAACCCUAAAACAAGAAAACUUACUCUUGAGUAAUGAAAUAUCCACACUCAGAAAUGAAAAUGAACUUCUCAAACAAGAAAUUGAAAAACUCAAACAAGCAAAUCAAGUUGUAUAAACAUCAUAAUUAAAUC